AUGCUAGCCACUAACAACUUCGGGCGCCCGGACGAGGUGGUGGCGGCGGAGACGCUGGCCAACCACGUGCGCUGCAACAACAGCUUCGUGCACGCCGUGUUCCAAGCGCAGUUCCGGUCGUCGCUGACGUGCCCGCGCUGUCAGCGGCAGAGCAACACCUUCGACCCGUUUCUGUGCAUGUCGGUGCCCGUGCCGCAGAACCAGCGCCGGCCCGUCUACGUCACCGUACUCUACACCUCGCAGCAGCCGCGACAGGUGAAAUUAGGCCUGUCCUUGCCUAUUCACGCUGAUGUUCGAGAAUUGAGGGAGCAGUUGGCAUCUGACACAGGAAUCAGUGAGCCUCACAUGCUUCUCACAGAAGUAGAUGAUCUGGGCUUCCAUCGGACAUUUUCAGAUUUGCAGCCUUUGUCUAUUAUACGAGAGACAGACCCUGUUUAUUGCUUGGAGCUGCCUCAACUGAAAGAAGCAUCUGAAGACAGUGGGGCUUAUGUCCUACUUUGCUGGGUCAACCUGCUCAUCAUGGAUGACCACUGUGCUAGGUUCAGCAGCCCGUAUACAAUGCAAGUUGGGCGUGAAACUUCUUAUGAAGAUCUGCAAAAGUUAAUACUCAAAGAAAUGAAUACCAUUCUGCAUGAUGAUGUGUUAGUCAAUUCACAGGAUAUCCCCUUGUUUCGUAUGCGAAUUGCUGAUGGCUUGGGAGGUGCAGGCACCUACCUGGAUCCUACAUUAGAUCAUCCUCUUUAUAUGGAGGCUGUGGAACAAGCUCUGGCCUUGUGCGAAGAAGAUGCAGGACCACCUCACCUUAAGUUGGUGUUGGAGUGGGAUCUUCAAGCAAAGGAAACGAUCAUAGCAGAUGAUACUGACCAGAUUGAGGAGCAUGCCAGUGUCAAACAAUUGAAACUAAAUACGGAACAAGGAGGAACAGUCACUCUGGAAGAAUGCUUUGAGCUGUAUACAAAAGCAGAAGUUCUGGGUGCCGAAGAUGCCUGGCACUGUCCAUAUUGUAAUAGAAAACAAGAAGUAGUCAAGAAACUUGGCUUGUGGUCUCUUCCUGACAUUCUUGUAAUUCAUCUUAAGCGUUUCAGACAGCAGUCUUGCAAACAGCGGUCUACCUCAAAGCUCACCACACUUGUGGACUUUCCUCUUUAUGGCUUUGAUAUGAGUCCUCAUCUUGCCACGCGGCUGCCAAUAACUGGACCCCCAGGAAUUGUCAACUCUCCGAGCAAUGGACCUCAGGGCGGAGGAGUGCUGGGCGGUUUGGGUUGGUCACCUUGGAAGAGGCCCAGACGUACUCCUCAGCGCCCAGAUGACAACGUCUAUGAUCUAUAUGCAAUCUGCAAUCAUCAUGGGGAGGAUCUUCAAGGAGGACACUACACAGCAUAUUGCCGCAACCCUUAUGAUACACAGUGGUAUUGUUUUGAUGAUACUCGUGUGGAACCUGUGUCUGACACCGGUCUUGUGACAGCUGCAGCCUAUAUCCUCUUUUACCAGCGUCGAGGUCUCAUCUCAGGUAGCUACUCUGCUAGUUCAGCUGCAUCUACAAGUUCUUCUGGCUCUGGCUUGGAGCAUUGGGUAUAUCGUAUGCCAGCGUUCAGUCAUACUACAAGCAAGUCUCAGGAAGAGCUCAGCAAUAAAGGCUCUUCAGAAAAGGAGAAAAUAACGAACAGUUUCUCCAGAGGAACUCGUGGUUAUGCAACUCUGCAGCCAGCCACUAAGCGAUCAGUAGCCACCGAAACAGAUGCAGGGGAGCUAGAUCAUUAUUCGGAUGAUGAGACUUUGCAUACCAGUCCACGGCAUGACUUGACCCCUCCCAAGUCUCCUGGCCAGGUAAGCUCUGAGGGCCUCUGCCCACCUGUGGCAGAGCCCUGCCUAGAGGACACAACCUCCCCGGCCCAGGACGAACCACCUCAGGAAGCUCAGUGUCAGACCAUAGACGAGUUGAGUGACCCACCUGUCUUAACAGAAUCAUGUGUGUGACCGAUGUUGUCAUCAGCUGAGGAGAGAGAAGCUGCCUCAGCUUGAGUCUUGAGCUUCACGUGGAAUCGACUGUGAUUGUCUUCAAUCUUUUAAUUUUGUGUCUUUCAAACAGUCUUUUAAGCAGCUGUUUAAACAUUCUGAAAGAGUAGGACUGGUUAAAUAAGUACUCUGUUUGUUCUCUUUGGUGAGAUAGAUUACUUCACUUCUGUUGAAUGAUGUACGUUAUGUGAUGGUUGAGUUUUUCUCAUCUUGUAUUCUUUUAAUUGUGAAUGUCUCAUAUUGUUUAACAUUGUGCAGCCUGGUGACGUGUACAUUUGUGAUAGUUCCUAAGAACCUUGUUACUUCCAGUUGAGAGAAUGGUAGAAUGUAAUGAAAAAUUUCUGAGUUGAUUAUUCAUUAGCCAUUUAAAAAGGUGUGUGUGUAUAAGAUAUGUAUAGACCUGUUGCCAUUGAUACUUUGUGAAUUGAAUGCCAUGUGAUAGUUUGGUUGCAAACUACAUAAGGCAGUAUGGACUUUCACAAUUAAAUGUAUAUUACAGUCCUUGCAGAACAUGUUAAGUAGGGAUAUUGAUAUUUAAUUAUGCCAAAUGUGGCAUGAGUAUAUUUUAUGCUGGAUUGGAGUGUAUCAUAUAAAAAUUGCAAUGUAUUAAAAUGCCAGAGAUUUGUCACUUCAUUUAAUAAAAGAAGGUACUAUUUCAUUCUUGCAUACACUUUUGGAAACAAUUCAUAGUGUUAAGAUGAACUCUAUCCUUUGUUAAUGAUAUUUUUCUGAACAUUAUUUUUUUUGUUGUCUGAAUUAUUUAAUAUAAUUUUAUAUUCAUAUUCAACUUUUCAUGGGUAUCUUUUUAGAAUUCUUCAUUCCAAGAAUUUAUCUUCAUACA